AUGCUCUACCACUUCUACUUGAGCGUGCUAGCUGGCCGUUUCGCCUCCUUUGUGCUGGGUGCGGCUGUUGCCCCGGGUGGCAGCAGCAGCCUAAUGGACCUGCGCAAGCUGCUGGCAGCAGCAACACGCAUGCUCAUAGAGAGGGCUCCGAGACCUGAGUUCCACUACAGAUGGGUACCAGCUGCCCGGGCUAUUGAGGUGUCUGCUUCCAAGGCCGUCACUGUGCGCCUCUGCCAUCGGCUGAUGCUGGAAUGCACAGAACUGCACCAAUCUUUCCAUCAGCAGGUAUUGGUUUCCAAACAUCGCCCUGCAGUGCUACAGUAUGAGUUCCUUCUUCCUUGUCUGUGCAUAGAGGCAUCGCAUAACUACAGAGACAGCUUGCGCAAGAUUGUGUGUCCAUUCCAGGAUCAGCCAGAAGCCUAUGCUGCAGAUCUCUGGUCCUCAGCGUGCUUCCAUGACUUCAGUUCCAGUGACAGGACCGAAAUGGCCGUGUCUUUGAGUGGCCGCUGCUUCUUUCAGCCCACUGUCUCACUUUGCUGGAAGGAAAACCCUGCUCCAGAGGCAACCUGCCAAGAUAUCCCCAAUUCCACCAUCCCUGAAGCCAGCAAGGCUUCUAUGCCGUUCCAGGGUGAAGACACCGAGAGUCUUACACUUCCUAUUGCAGCGUACAUCAUUAAAAGCGUAGAUGUGAAUCCACAGCUCUGCUUCAAGUUUUCUUACAUGAACAGCAGCCACAUUGAGUGCCCACGCCAGACAGAUACUACCUGGAAUGUCUCUCUCAAUGAGAAAUUCCUGCAACUUCACUUAAACUUCCGUUCUCGCACACCAGCUUCCUUUAGUUCAGCCUUAUGCCAGCCGGUAUCUUCAAGCCACUGCAGACCUGAACCAUCUGUCUAUACCAUCACCCAUACGGGGGGAUCUGCCUUGGGGGAGCUGAACCUCAUUCUUCCUUGGACAGCCCUGACAAGUUGUGUACUGGUGUGGCGUUCUGAUGUACAGUUUGCUGGCAAGCGACUUCUGUGUCCAGAUGUUUCUCAACGACGCUGGGGGUUGCUGGCCUUUGCUGUAGUUUUGGGCCUGGGAUUGUUGGCUUUGGCGAUCUUCCUGAUUCACUGGAAUAUGCACAAACUCCGUAGAGAUGCGCCCGGCCGGCACCAUUCUUGUCCCAUCCUGCUGAUCUAUUCUCCUGAUUCAGAGGAACACAAACAGUUGGUCUGCUCCUUUGCUGCAUUGUUGAGGUCGGCGCUGGGCUGCCCUGUGCUUUUGGACCUCUGGGAGUUGGGCCAUGUGGGACGACUUGGCAUCUUGCCCUGGGUGUAUGCCCAACGGGAACUCGUGGGUCGCAAGCAGGGCCAGGUGCUACUGCUGUGGAGUGCGGGCAGUGCCCGCGCUUACGGACUCUGGCAAGGAGAGGCAAGUAGCCAUGGUAGGAAAGCUCCAGAGCCCUAUGACCUCUUUGGGGCAGCCAUGGCCUGUCUACAAAGUGAACUUCAGGGUGUGUCUGGAACAGUCCAGCAAUGUGACUGGGUCAUUGCCUAUUUCAAUAAACUGUGCGACCGGCGGGAUAUUCCACGUGCUCUGCGCCUUCUUCCCCGUUACCGCCUGCCUCAGGACCUGCCAGACCUGGUUGGGGUCCUGCAGGGCAACUCCAGCUCAGGACCCAGCUGGCUCCAUGCUAGCGCCAAGGCCCUUGUUUGCCACCUGCUCAAAGCCGAGAAGAAGAGGAGCUCACGGAAGCAGCGGAAUCAACCGUGGAGCAAGAACGUCAAGAGACUGGAGGAAUCCCUGUUCCCCCUCGCUCAACUCAAGGUGCACAGGCCAAGCUGCACUUGA